AUGCGUAGAGCCGAUAUUGAUGCCGCUGGACCUGGAGAUUACGAGAUCGACUAUGGCAACCCAGUAUAUCGCAAUACUGAUGAGAGCGAAAAUGAUUUGUUCAUUAAUGUGAAUGAAACCCUUUUUGAACGACCAGUCUAUGCGACCUUGUUGGCUCUGGUUGAGCAGAGAGUAUUUGAGCAUGAUGUAGGAGAAGAACACUCACAUUCUUUUGAAGAGCUAAAGGAGUUUCUCUUUAACUUCUGGUUUGGCUCAUAUUCUCGUUGCUCAGGAACUCAAGGAAGCUCUGGUGAUUUGAGAACAUUUUGCUUACAACCCAUCACUAUGUUAACAUAA